AUGGAGUCUCUCAAAACACUUCUAAUUGCAAACCGCGGAGAGAUUGCUGUGCGGAUUCUGCAAACUGCAAGGAAGCUUAAUAUCCGAACUAUUGCAAUAUAUACCGAGCCAGAUGCUGCCUCAACUCAUGUCCAUUUAGCGGACGAAGCAAUUCUCCUCUCUGGGGUGCCGUCAAAGGCGUAUAUCGAUGGAGACCAGAUUAUUGAAAUUGCAAAGAAAAAGCGCGCCGAUGCUAUCAUACCUGGAUAUGGGUUCCUGUCGGAGAACUCUAAUUUCGCAAGAGACGUCUCCAGCGCUGGCUUGGUCUUCGUUGGUCCAUCCCCAGAGAGCAUUGAAGCAUUCGGGCUCAAGCACACUGCACGAGAGCUGGCUACAAAAGCCGGUGUCCCCAUUGUUCCCGGCUCACAGGGGCUGAUUACAAGCGAAGAUGAAGCUGUAACCGUUUCCCAAAACUUGGGCUUUCCUGUUAUGCUCAAGGCGACUGCAGGUGGCGGUGGAAUGGGCCUUCUCACAUGUAAUACAGAGAAAGAGGUCCGUGAAUCGUUUCAAACUGUACAAUCUAGGGGUGAAGCUCUGUUUAAGAACGCCGGGCUCUUUAUCGAACGUUAUUACCCGUCUAGCCACCACAUCGAAGUCCAGGUCUUCGGAAACGGCCAUGGUAAAGCCAUUUCCAUCGGCGAAAGGGAGUGUUCCAUCCAGAGAAGACAUCAGAAAGUGAUCGAGGAAUGCCCGAGUCCCUUCGUCACCAGGAAUCCAGAUCUCAGGAAAGGUCUAUGUGAUGCCGCUGUCCGUCUCGCAGAAUCAAUUCAUUACGGUUCUGCCGGCACCAUCGAAUAUCUCGUGGAUGAUGAAUCAGGAGCAUUUUUCUUCCUAGAGAUGAAUACACGCCUUCAGGUUGAGCAUGGAAUCACAGAGUUAUGCUACGACGUUGAUUUGGUAGAGCUCAUGUUGAAGCAAGCAAAUGCCCAGUUGUCGGGGGGAAAGGGACUCGAGGCAGAGUCCCUCUCAAAUAUUCCGGUAGCUGCGCCUAAAGGCGCCGCUAUUGAGGCUAGAGUAUACGCAGAAAACCCGGUCAAGGACUUUGCACCGUGUCCCGGAACAUUACAAGACGUACAGUGGAAGGAAAUUCCAGGCUCUCGAAUCGAUACCUGGGUUUACAGGGGUAUCAAAGUGUCCGCAAACUAUGAUCCGCUUAUUGCAAAGGUCAUGUAUCAUGGACCGACGAGGCACCAGGCCAUUGAAGGAUUGAAAGAGAUCCUAACCGGUUCCCGGAUUUGCGGCCCUCCAACCAACCUCGGGUUUCUGGCAGAGAUCCUUGCAAACAAGGGUUUCAACUCCGGGUCUACGCUGACUAGAUUCUUGGACAAUUUCGAGUACAAUUUAUCGGCGAUCGAUGUCGUCUCCGGUGGCGCUUACACGCUCAUUCAAGACUGGCCUGGCCGUCCGACCAUCGGAAAAGGCUUUUGUCAUUCCGGACCAAUGGAUUCGGUUGCUUUUCGAAUUGCCAAUGCGCUUGUUGGUAAUCCUGUCGGGCUCGAGGGCCUGGAAAUCACUCUAAGCGGACCAGAACUACGUUUCUUAGGACCGGCAUUCGUUUCACUAUGUGGUGCACCAAUUGAUGCAACGCUCGACGACGCCCCCGUGCCUAUGUGGUCAGGAAUAAAAAUAUCAGCUGGUCAGCGCUUGAAGAUCGGUAAAACCACGGGUAAUGGCUGCAGAGCUUAUCUAGCUGUCUUUGGUGGGUUCCUCAACAUUGCUGAGUGGUUCGGCUCAAAGGCUACUGCACCAAUGGUCGGUGUUGGUGGCUACCAAGGCCGACAACUUACGUCUGGAGAUUAUCUCGUUAUUGAAAGCCAACUCCCAAAAUUGGAUACGGAGUUGUCUUUGCCCAAGCAGCUCAUCCCGCAGUAUCCUAGCAGCUGGGAACUCAUGUCAAUGCCGGGGCCAUACGAUGAAGGAUAUUUUACUCCCGAGAGCAUUGACAUGCUCUACGACGCUGAAUGGACCAUUUCCCAUAACGCUGCGAGAGGUGGGAUACGUCUUCUUGGACCCAAACCCAACUGGUCCCGUUCAGACGGAGGCGAGGGUGGUGCUCACCCUUCCAAUCUGAUUGAGUAUGGAUACGCAAUCGGGUCUCUUAAUUGGACCGGUGACGACCCAGUGAUCUUUCCGCAAGAUGCACCGGACCUUGGUGGCUUUGUUAGCAGUCAUACGAUUGUGAAAGGGGAUAUGUGGAAGCUGGGCCAGGUCAAGGCUGGAGACACUUUGAAAUUCAGGGCCACCUCUUUGAAAGAUGCUGUCUCGAAACGCAAUGAUCUGGAAAAUUUUAUUACUGGCAUUGUAGAAUGUUGCCAAAAGGGUGCCGCCUUUGGUACUAUUACUCCUUUGAGCACUUCUUUACCUCCAGCUAUGACAGCAUCGACGCGAGGAUCUGGUAUUGUUCACCAGAUUCCAGAGAAAGGAAACCAACCGCUCGUUUCAUAUCGGCAGGCCGGGGAUGAUUAUCUGUUGAUUGACUAUGGAACCGGCGCAUUCGAUCUAAACCACCGCUACAGAGUCACCGCACUGAAAAAGGUCCUAACCGAAGCAACAGGCGAGAUCACAUUUUCAAACGGAUUGACCUCUAUGGUCGGCUGCGGAAAUUCCCUAAUGCUCUAUUAUGACGGCACCAAGAUACCCCAACAAAGCCUAAUUAACUACCUUUGUACCAUUGAAACCCAACUUGGCGAUUUGAGCCGCGCAAAGAUGCGCAGCCGCCUCUUCAAACUGCCGCUCACCUUCGAAAGCAAGCGACAAAAUGACGCUAUAAAGCGGUACAUGGAGACCCAGCGGCCCUACGCCGCCUAUUUGCCAGACAACAUGGAUUUCGUCGCACGCAACAACGCGUUCACUCGCAAGGAAUUCGAAAACAUAUACCUCACUGCCAACUUCAUGGUUAUAGCUGUUGGGUUUUUCACGGCCCUCCCGCUCUCCCUUCCCGUUGACCCGCGCCAGCGCAUGAACUGUCCCAAGAUGAACCCGAGCCGCGUUUUCACGCCCGCCGGCCAGGUAUCUUGGGGCGGUAGCUGUCUUGCUAUAUAUACCGUUGAUUCCCCAGGUGGGUAUCAAAUGACCGGCCUGACCAUACCGGGUGUGGACAUCCUCGGUUCAAAGCAUGGCUAUACACCCCAAAAGCCCUGGCUCUUUGAGGACUUUGACCAGAUCACAUUUUACCAAGUUAGUGAGGAGGAAUAUGAGCGCCAGCUCGCGAUAUUCCAGAGCGGCCGGUAUGAGUAUGAAUGGGAGGAAGUUGAAUUCGAUAUGGCCGAGCAUAAUCGACUGCUCAGCGAGACCAAGGACGAAGUAAAGAGUAUCCGGGCACGGCAGCGCAAAGCGCAAGCUGAUAUGGAUGCGUUUGAGAAUGAGAUGUUAGAGAAAUGGGCGAAGGAAAAGGCCGAGAGGGGUGUUCCGAUGGAUACAGUUGAUGCUUUGCUAAGAGACCCAGAAAUCAGCACCAUCGAGGCACCGCUAAACGCCAACGUCUGGAAAGUCGAAGUCAAAGAGGGCGACAAGUUAGAAAAGGAUCAAAUUGUCGUGGUCCUCGAGGCGAUGAAGCUUGAGAUUGCGGUCCGGACCGAAUCAAUCGCUGUCGGAGCUGUUGUCGAGAAAAUCAUAGCUCAGCAGGGUGAUUCUAUUGAGGCCGGAAAGCCCUUAAUGCUGGUGCGGAAGGCUGAGAAUUAA